CGUCCCCCACCCCGCCACUCCCCGAGCCCCCACUAAAACCCUAGCCCGCCGCAAUGGCAGCGGCGGCGGCCGCCACCUCCCUCCUCCUCCGCCGCCACCGCAGGGGCCCGGCGCCCCUGCCCCUCCUCCUCCGCGCCGCGAUCUCCUCCACCCGCGCGCUGCCGCAGCAGCCCGAGCUCUCCCCGCUCCCGCCCCCACCCCCGGCCCACGCCCAGGCCGACCCCCCCUCCCCGCUCCCCCCGAACCCCACCGCCGGCAUCCCCUUCUACGGCGACAACUGGCGCAACCCGGCCGCCUCUGGCCCGGCCUCGCUCCUCCCCGCCGUCGUCGCCUUCCCCGACCGCCACCGCGCGGCCGCCUUCUCCGCCGCCCGCAGCGCCGCCGACCUCAAGCAGACCUUCGCCGCCUGGAUGACGGAGCAGCACUGGGAGGACAUGAAGCAGCUCUUCGAGCUCUGGGUCCGCUCCCUCGACGCCGCCACCGGCAAGCCCAACCGCCCCGACGUCGACCUCUUCAACCACUACCUCCGCGCCAACCUCAUGUCCGGCGCCCUGCCGCACGAGAUGCUCGACCUCGCCGACCAGAUGCGCGAGUUCGACCUCGCGCCCAACACCGCCUCCUACAACCUCGUCCUCAAGACCAUGGUCAAGGCCCGCGAGGUCGAAGGGGCCGAGAAAAUCGUCGAACGGAUGCUGCAAACAGGAAUUGUGCCAGAUGAUGAAUCCUACAAUUUGGUUGUAGAUCUGCUUCUUAGACACAACCGUGCUGACUCAGCCUUCAAAUAUUUGGAAUUGAUGCUUAAAUCAGGCUACGCGGUAUCUUCACUUGUAUUUGCUGAGUAUGUCCGAGUAUGUGUUAAAUCUGGGAGUUUGGACACAUUGGCAUCAAUCAUAGAGAAGUGCAAGGCAACAGAGAAGAACAAACUCUUGUGUCCACAAUGGGCCUGGUGCAUUGACAUAGCAGAAGCUGCUUUUGAAGCUAACAAUAGCAAGCUAGCCAUGUUUGGUUUGGAAUUUCUUGCGAGAUGGAUUGCACAUGGCGAGGGUUCUAAACCCCCUAUUCACCGUUCAGUCGAUGAAGGUUUAGUACUCUCAGCUUUCAGUGCUGCUGGUAGAACCUGCAGCAGUGACCUCUUGAACGCUGCUUGGUCAAUAUUACGCAAGUCCUUGCGCCAGAAAAGGGCACCCAUGCCAGAGACUUAUCUUGCGAAGAUUUAUGCUCAUUCAUCAAUUGGUCAACUCCAACGAGCUUUUGGCACUCUUCGUGAAUUUGAAAAUGCCUAUAGGAACUUUGAGGGUAUCGAUAAAGAGCUCUUCUCACCAUUUACUUCAUUGCAACCACUUGUUGUUGCUUGCUGCAAGGAUGGCUUCACCACAUUGGACUCGGUUUAUGUUCAAUUAGAGAAUCUGAGUUCCGCGGAUCCACCAUACAGAUCUGUUGCUGCUCUUAACUGUGUUAUACUAGGCUGUGCAAAUAUUUGGGACAUUGAGCGAGCAUACGAAACUUUUGAGGCAAUGAAAGAAAAGUUUGGGCUUACGCCUGACAUACAUUCGUACAAUGCCCUGUUGCAUGCAUUCGGGAAGCUAAAAAAGACAGAGGAAGCUAGUAAUGUAUUCCAGCAUUUAGUAAGCCUUGAGGAUGUUAAGCCAAAUGCAACAACAUACUCCCUGCUUGUUGAUGCGCAUCUUGUCAACCGAGAUCCAAAAGCUGCUCUUGCUGUUCUUGACGAAAUGGUUGAUGUGGGCUUCACUCCUUCAAAGGAGACUCUUAAGAAGGUCCGAAGACGCUGCUCCCGUGAAUCAGACUUCGACAGCGACGAGAAGCUGCAGUCCCUGUGUAAACGGUUGAACUUGCGGAUGGGCGGUGAGGCCCGUAGGGAGUUGCUGUAUAACAUCGAAUACAGUGCCGAGUACUGAAGCAUUUGAUUUUGAUGAUGCCGGUGUUCUUUCAAUCAAGUAGGCACGUGUAGUGUUUGCCGGUACUCGAAGAGCACAGAGGCUGUAGUCUGUAAAUUAUACUUUGUAACAGUUUUCCUAAUCAUUCUUCAGUAUCCCAGGCUUCCUUUUUUCGCUGGAGAGACAGGAUGAGAUUUUAUUUGUUAGGAUUUCAGAAUAAGGUCCUAAUACAUUUGUUUCUUUGCUCAACGCGCUAUCUUCCACAGUCAGAGGAUGGAUGUAACGUUAGUUCAUCAUAAUGUUAUCCUUCUGCAUGGCUCUUGUAUUGUUUUUGAUCA